CGAAAUUUGGCCUAAAAAGACAAAAGAGAGAGAAGAAAAUGAAUAAAUGAAAUUCCAUAUGGACGGAAAGAAAAGAGAAGAAAAGCAGAGGCCAUGCCGUGCGAUCAUCUGUGUCGUGUCAUUAUUCUCUCUGUUUGGAGAGAAAGAAGAGUAUAAACCAGAAGAGAGAAACAGAACUCUGUUAGAUUUAGAUCAGACAAGAAAUACUAAACAGUAAGUGAUAGAAUCGAGGAACACCUGGGAAGAUCAUCAUCAUAGAGAGGGGAUGGGUCAAGCCUUUCGCAAGCUCUUCGACACCUUUUUCGGCAAUACCGAGAUGCGGGUUGUCAUGCUCGGACUCGAUGCAGCCGGUAAAACUACCAUACUUUACAAGUUGCACAUUGGAGAAGUGUUAUCCACUGUCCCUACAAUUGGGUUCAACGUGGAGAAAGUUCAGUAUAAGAAUGUGGUGUUCACCGUUUGGGAUGUUGGUGGACAAGAGAAACUAAGGCCGCUUUGGAGGCAUUACUUCAAUAACACCGAUGGGCUGAUAUAUGUUGUUGAUUCGUUGGACCGGGAGAGAAUUGGAAGAGCUAAGGCAGAAUUUCAGACCAUCGUCAAAGAUCCAUUUAUGCUCAACAGUAUCAUCUUGGUGUUUGCCAACAAACAGGACAUGAAAGGAGCAAUGACCCCGAUGGAAGUAUGCGAAGGACUAGGUCUUUUCGAACUCCAGAACAGAAAAUGGCACAUACAGGGAACUUGCGCUCUCAGGGGAGAUGGACUUUAUGAGGGCCUGGACUGGUUAUCUGGAACUUUUAAAGAGAUGAGAGCUGCAGGAUACUCUUCAGUGGGCACCUCAUCAUUCUAACAUUCCAAGGUUUGUUGGAAGCCUCAAGUUCAUCUCGAUGAAGCUGGAGAGUAGGCCGUUGCUUCUGGGGAAGUCCUGAACUAAUCAUUUGUAGGCUGCCUAAAGCAUGUGGAUUUAUUAGGUCUCUUACCUUUGGCUUUGACUUCCUCCCGUGUAUAUGGAAAUACAGUCUGAACGGGAUCUUUAUAUGCUUUGGGGUGCCCAUCUUAUAAAGUAGAUUGCUUUUAA